UUACCUUCUUGCUCUUCCAGUUUGAAAUAUUUGUUAGUCUUUUGUUUCGGAGCUCACUUCUUCGAUCAUGGGACUGCCUUGAUUCAAGCAUUUUUGUACUUGAAAUUCAGGUCCAACUAUGAACUUGCAGGGCUAACAUGGGAAAAUGGUCAGUUAGUCAUGCAUGGGCUCAGUGGGCUCCUUCCUACUGCCCCAACAAAGCCAACAUGGGGUAGGUCCAGUGACACACUAGAGUCCAUUGUCCAUCAAGCCACAUGCCACAACCAAAAGCAAAACUUCGACUUACUUCGACUUGGCCAGACCCCGACAAACAGGAGUUCCAUUGCUGCGUCAUCCGGGGGAAACUGGGCGGAAAGCCCUGGUCGAUUGCCAGUGGCAACAGCAGCGUUGUUAAAGAAACGGGCACGGUCGGAUUCUGAUCAAUGCAGGAAAAAUCUAGGUGGUGGUAUUCAAGAAGAUAGAGCAGACCGUAGCCCAUGUGCUAGUGCUACAUUUUGCAGGGACAAUGAUACAGCCAUGAUGACUUGGGCUUCCCAUGAAACUCCUCAAAGCAUGAAGACCGAAACCACCGAUAAAGACUCUGCUUGUCAUGAUGGAUCAGAAAACCGAGGUGAAGAUAUGGAGACCAGACGUGAAACAGGUCGCUCCCACUCCACAAGACGAAGUCAAGCUGCAGCAAUUCAUAAUCUGUCUGAAAGGAGACGAAGAGAUAGGAUUAAUCAAAAGAUGAAGACUCUUCAGAAGCUAGUGCCAAAUGCAAGUAAGACAGAUAAAGCAUCAAUGCUUGAUGAAGUGAUUGAAUACUUAAAACAACUCCAAGCACAAGUCCAAAUGAUGAGUAUGAGAAGCAUGCCUCAGAUGAUGAUGCCUCUAGGAAUGCAGCAACAUCUUCAAACGUCUCUUUUAGCUCGGAUGGGAAUGGGAGUUGGGCUAGGAAUGGGCAUGGGAAUGCUUGACAUCAACUCCAUGGCUCGUAAUGCUUCCCAAUCUCUUCCUCCUCUCAUGCAUCCUUCACCAGUCACUGCUCCCACUCCCACAUUUCUUCCUCCUACCUUUGUGGCAGCGCCUACGAUUCCAACACAUGCGGCAGCUCAACUGAAUUCAAAUGCUGGCUCCAAUGCUUCAGUCCCUUUGCCUGAUCCGUAUUGUGCUUUCCUAGCUCAAGUAUGUCUGUCAAAUUCACAUUAA